AUGGAGGCCUCACCUCUCACGCAGCAAAGUCGGCCCGAAACGUUCAAGCCGAAGAUUGUAGAGCUCUAUGAGACUCUAGUCAAGGCAGCCGAUCACGAGGAUGUGGAAUUCCCCGAGGGGUUUUGGAGAGAGUUCUUCCUUCUCCCUCCAGAUCGCACUCAGUUGCACUCCCUGCUGGACGGGUUGAGUGCUGACGAGAUGCUGGGCUUGCAGUCGCAAACAAAUGCUUUGUUUGCUCGUGCGAUGCACGUAGCCUCGGCCGGGAAUGCCCCUGCAGACUCUUACGCUCUGGAUACUCUCACAAUGUUCUUGACCAGUAUUCUGAGUAAGAAGUACACAAAUCCGAGUUCAGAUGUGAUUGCCGUUCUUGCUGGCCUGGACGAGGUAGACCGAGUCAUAUCUGAAUUCGUCGCUAUUCUGGACGGGAUCGUGCGUGGAGGUCACAGUCUUGAGCUUCGCCAAAAAGCAAUUCGAGUCGCUGUUGCCAUGACGAGCGGUGCAUACAAGACAAGCCUGGUCUCCUACUUUACCCACCGGGACCUCUUCCCGUCAUUGAUGAAGUAUGUCAAUGACUCUGACAAUCCGGCGGACAUUUUUGAUCCCUUCUUACUCUUGGGUUUGCUGGCAAACUACAACAAGUUUGAGUUUCAAAAUCCCUAUCAGCUACGGCUUGACGAUUUUGUAAACGAAGGCAGCAUUAAGAAGAUCGUCAAAGGUGUUGGCAUGGCCUGCGGCCAUCUACGCGACGGAUACGUCGACAUUCAAGACGAUAUUCCAGAAGGCUGGACGCUGAGCAAUACUUUGGGCUUCCUCGGACUUCGAGCCCUUACUCCCGGGACAAAAGGCAAAGCAAGUCAACCUACAGCAGAGGAAGCUAAAAUUCUGUUCACAGAGCUUCCAUCGCGAGAAGCCGCCAUUCUUAUGGCAACAUAUGACUUUACAAACUCGAACAAGCUCUUCGGCUUUCACUUGGUGCAUAUGAUACCCGAGAAACAUGAAGAAUCGCCCUUCGCCAGCUUUCUCUCGUUGACUUCUUACCUUUUGCAACACGCUUAUCGCUCGCCACGUGUAGCACAUUACGCUGAACUGGGUCUCUUCACCCUUCGGAUCAUCGUUGAGGAUCCCACUCUGUGCAAGCGUAUCUGCAGUGAAGAUGGAAAACGUCGAGUCAGGCUUUGCCGCCAACGCCAACCUUAUCUCCCCGUCGUGAGUGGGGAUCGUGUUAUGGCGACGGUCAUUCUUGACAUGAUGAUUGACACUACCACACAUAACCUCCGACGGCGUCUGGACGUCAACAUUUACAGCCACACUAUCGCCAUCACCCUCCGUCUCCUCACUUACCUCUCCAUGAACAAAAUCCGACUAACCUACCACUGGUCCGAACUAUGGCGCACACUCCUCUCACUGAUGCGCUUCCUAACAACCUACGCCACCGAUCUAUCCUCCACCACCAACAUCUCGACUCUGACGUCCUCCCUCGUCGACCUACUCGCCUUUUGCGUUUCCGCAGGCGACACCUUCCUUCCUGACCCAUCAUCAUACGACGACCUCUUCUACAAGUUGGUCGAGAUCGGACCCGCCAUUCCCAAAUUCAGAGAUCUCUACGGCUUCGCUACCACCCGCACAGGAGCACCGUCGGAUUUCUCAACGCCCAACUCCAAAGAUAAGGAUAUUCAUGCUGCAGCCAUCAAUACGCUCUUAUCGGUAUCUACGCAUUUUCACACACUGCUCUUCCAAUCCGAUGGUAAAGAAGUCGCCGCUCCGGUCGCAGCGGCCGUGGUGGCUAGUCCCAAGACGGAGGGGGACGCUGCGCCUGUCGCACUGCCAUCCAUCAAGAAGAAGAACUUGAGUCCGCGCGAAGUGCAUCGGAUCAUCAAGCAGGGGUACGAUACGCUGAGCAUUCAACCACCGGAAGGGUUGACGACGUGGUCGCGGUGGAGAGAGACGGAGUGGAAGAGCGAGUUGAAAAGAGCGGCGCGAUACGCGGUUGAUGACGCGCGGCUUCUGGUGCUAGAAGAUGGGCGGAAGAAGGAUUGA